GAUGGCUGCUUGCAAGGAGCUGACGGCUAAUUUGGUUCACGAUUUCAUUUCGUCUGUUGACACGAUUCUUUGUGAUUGUGACGGUGUGAUCUGGAAAAACAAUGAUUCCAUACCUGGAGCAGCUGAAGCACUAAAGAAGUUGAGACUUAAGGGUAAACGGAUAUUUUUUGUUACAAAUAACAGCACCAAGUCAAGAAAACAGUAUAUAGAGAAAUUAUUAAAUCUGGGUUUUGAAGCUUAUCCGGAAGAAAUUAUAUGCACUGCAUUUGCUGCAGCCUCGUACUUAAAACAUAGCUUAAAAUUGAAUGGAAAAGUGUAUCUAAUUGGAAGUAUUGGAAUGGCUGAAGAACUGGAUUUAAUGGGUAUUCCUUACUUUGGUAUUGGGCCUGAUCCUGUAAAGUCUCUUGACAUGGCGGAAUGGGCAGCUUUACCAAUAGAUAAUGAGGUAAAGGCUGUACUAGUGGGCUUUGAUGAACAUCUUAGUUAUAUUAAACUAAUUAAAGCUGGCACGUAUCUCAAUGAUCCUGAAUGUGCCUUUGUUGCAACCAAUGAAGAUCUUCGAUAUCCACUAGGUGGAAAAAUUAUGAUUCCAGGUACAGGUGUUAUUGUGGGGGCUGUGAAACAAGCAGCUCAACGAGAGCCUGUAGUUCUUGGAAAACCCAGUAAAUAUCUUUUUGACAGUAUUAUGCAAAGCUUUGAAGGAGUAACUCCUGAACGGACAGUUAUGAUUGGUGAUCGUUUAUCAACUGAUAUAUCAAUGGGAAGAACAUGUGGUCUGAAAACUUUACUGGUCGAAACUGGUAUUGAUACAAGGGUUGAUGCCAAAGAGAAUCAAAAAAGCAAUUCAAUUGAAAGGCAAAAGAUGGUUCCAGAUUAUUUUAUAACAAGUUUGGCUGAUCUGGGGAAAACACUUUGAUGUUUGACUUUCUAUAAUUAAAGUGCGAAUCUGUGCUUGUCAAUUAAUAAAACAGCAUGAUUUAAACACUUAUUAUAAUUUACAUGUAACAAUGGACUAAAAGAAUUCAAAAUAAAUUAAUAUGCAGGUAUCCCAAAUAACAUAUUAUAAGAUUAAGUUCAUUUUUUUAAUUAAAAAGGUUGCAUUUUUGAUUUUAUAUUGAUUAUAUUGACUAUAUUAAAAAUUCUGUGAUUUUA